AUGGCCAUCUUCCUUUCUCAGCUUCUCUUCCUCGUCGGAUUGACGGCAGCCCAGUCGGGCAACGCUCAGUGGAGCGAUUUCGCCGACAACUUUGCCUCGGACCUUGCACCCAUCAUUGCGCUCUUUGGCGAACAAGUCACCAAGCAGUUCCUUAGCGAGUCAACCAGCUUCCUAGACAACAUCAUCUUUGGCGUCGCCCCGCUCGGUAUUCUUACGGCGGUCGUCUCGGUGAUUCGGGUGUACGGGAGCGCCUCGCUAAGUCGCUCGUCGGAAGGGCUCAGGAGCCUCAUGCUCAGCUUCUUUGGGUAUGCCUCGUGGGCUACUUUCUUCAAUGACUCCCUGUACGAUGACAAGGCGUCUUUGCCGCCGCUCUGGUCAUUCUGUCUCACGGUUGUCGGGACAGUAUUCAUUGUGACCAGCAUGACGCUAUGCGCCAUGCUGAUCGAGCGCAAGUCUGAAGAGCGAACGUUUUUCCAAGAUAUCGGCAAAUCCGACUCCUCGACCCUUUUCUGGUUACAGCGGGGUGGCCAACGUAUCGGCGAUCAGCCUGACAAGCCCGGCAAGCCCUGUCUGAUUAAAGGCUUUGGAAGUCUCGACGAGGCUAUAGCCUUCAUUAAAAGCGAAGAGAGUCCGCAGCUUACGCCGAACAAAGCGGCCCGGAUCCUAUACUAUCGAUCUCGUCUUGCGUACCUCGCGAGCGAGUCCGAAAUGCCGAUUGAGCCGGGAUGGGGUACAGAAGUCCAUGAAAUGGCCGUGAAACUCCAGACUUUGCUUGAGGAGUCGAUGGGAUAUAUAUUUUCAAGCAUAGGCAUGCCUGAAAUUCGAAAAGACACUAGAAGCUCGCUGUUACAACUCAUUGCGCAAGAUAUUUUUACCAUCUUCAUUGAUGACAUUGCCGAUGUUCUAGCACCACUGCAGGGCGUCAAUUGGCGCCAAAGCCGCGCGACCGUGUCAAACCCUCCUGGUCCUCUUGAUGAGCAGCCAUAUCUAGAACUUAUGAACACCCAUGUCGAGUACCUAGCGGAUAAGCUAGCUGCGGCUGGAAUUGGAUCCAAGGAAGAUGCUCUGAUGAGUAUCGUACCGGCCCUUGCCAUGAAAUGGAAGCUACCUCUUCUUGAAGAAUCUCUGAAUGAUUUACUAUUAGCGGCCAGUACUCAUAGGCGGUCCGGCAGGUAUGAGCUUGGGCAGGACCUACUCACCAUUCUACUCAACUCGAGAGACGCUCCAUUCAAUCAUAGGGUGAUAAUGGCUAUGGGCCAGCUUUAUCGAGCAGCUUGCCGAUCACUAAAUCAGACGGACCACUACCUUGGCGUAAAUGGCUUUGAGAAGAUGAUGAGACUAAAGUUCAAAGAGGGAGCCGAAUCGUUGGGAAGCUUGGAUCGCUACAAAGGGCUCGGGGAGUUUUACUCGGAAGGGGCUAGGGCAAUCCAGAGGGGCUCAACAUGGGGGAUCGAUUGUGAGUGGUUGUCCGUGAAAGAGAUGUUGACGAUUGCGGACAAGACAGACCUUGCAAAACAAUCAAAUAAAGAGCUUGUGAAGCUUCUCAAGUUGGCGAUUGAGCAGGGUUGUCCAGAGCUGGUAGAGGAUAUCUGGACCGCCAACGUGAAACUUAUCCAUGAGGAGGACGACGAGGGCCGCACACCAAUAUUCUGGGCUAUUGAUAAGCAUUAUUAUGAUACGGAAACGUUUCGGACCCUUCUCGAGUGGCUGGGGAUACCACUGGAUUUGGCCGACCGUCGUGGGACGACGCCACUUGCGUUUGCGCGCAAAUCGGGCAUUCGGGGAGCAGCGGACCUCUUGCUCCAGCGGAUGAGUGAUCUGGAGGCCCGCAAAAAGACGGGAAACCCGUGGCCUAGCGGCUGGUGUAGAAGCGCUGUCUUAUCACAGGCCUGCGGCUGCUCAAGUCGGCAGUGA